AGGACGAGACAGAGAACUCUAGAUACCCAGCAUACAUGUAUCUCUAGUAACUGAUACAGAUCACCGUCUGCAGAGGUCAUACAGUGACCUUGGGAGUGCUUGAUUGGGCAGUCAGAAGUCAGUGAGAACUAUUCUUAAAAUUUCUCUAAGCAAACAAACAUGGAACAUGAAUUCUGCUUCUCUCAUUUGGGAUUCUGAUUAUUUUGACUUCUAGAAUUGCCAAACAAGCAAACCCCUUGAGUCAUUAGGCUCCGACACCAAGAGUAUGGCAACAACACGUGUUACCGCUGCUGCCUGGAACAUAUUUCUGUUGAUGUUGUAUUUCCCACGUGAAUGUGUAUUAACAGAGUCUAACAUGACUAUGGCUGGCACUCUCUCGACUGCCAACAACAGUGCUGAUGAUAACCACAACAGCCAUAUUUCGUCCAAUCACACACAAAGACACAGGAUUCAUUUGGCGGGUUUGGAUUUCCAUGCGGUUUCAUCGCCCCUCGUGUAUACAGUGAUUGUACUGCUGGCUGGACUAAGUAAAAUCCUUUAUCACUAUGCAAACUUCCUGUCAGCCAAAAUACCUGAGUCAUGUAUGUUAAUAGUUUUGGGAACUAUAUUUGGAGCAAUAAUACAUUUUUCAGGAGCGGGCGACCACUUGCCGAUGUUCUUCGCACCGCAUGAUUUUUUCCUGUUUCUCUUGCCACCGAUUAUUCUUGAGUCUGCAUUCAGUCUUCAUGACCGGACGUUUGCUGAUAAUAUCGGGAGUGUUCUGCUCUUUGCUGUUGUCGGGACAAUACUGGCUUGUUUCAUGUUGGGACUCACCCUGUAUGCAUUGGCUGUUAGCGGUGCUAUGGGGGCGUUGCCAGUGCCGUUGUCGCUGGUUCAGAUCCUCGUGUUCACGUCGCUAAUAGUGGCCGUCGACCCUGUAGCUGUCCUUGCCGUGUUUCAGGAAAUCGGAGUCAACCAUGUGUUGUAUUUUCUCGUGUUUGGAGAGUCGUUACUCAAUGAUGGAGUUACUGUUGUUCUUUACAAAGUGAUGCAAACCUACAACAACAUGGAUUCUAUACCCGCAGAGCAGAUUGUUCUUGGCAUGUUGAAGUUCUUCGUGGUGUGUUUUGGAGGCUUGUUUCUUGGUGUUCUGGCAGGAGUGGGCACGGCCAUUCUCACUCGGUUUACCACCAAGAUUAAAGUUCUUCAACCUCUAGUUAUUUACACGAUGGCCUAUCUUGGGUUUCUUCUCGCUGAACUUUUUGAAUUCUCAGGGAUUAUCAGUAUCAUUGGCUGUGGAUUAACACAGGUUCACUACGCCUUCCACAACAUCAGUUACAAAUCUCGUACCACAGUUAAAUACUUCACAAAAGUUAUCAGUUCUGCGUCUGAGAUUGUGAUAUUCAUGUUUCUGGGGCUGGCGCUGGUUCGACAGAAUCAUGUUUGGCACACAGGCUUUACACUGUGGACGAUUUUCUUCUGUCUGGUCUACAGGUUCAUCAUUGUGUUUGGAAUGACUUUCUUUAUCAAUCGACUGGACCGGUACAGAGUCAGGAAGAUUGGAUUUGAUGAACAGUUCAUGAUUGCGUACGGGGGUCUGCGAGGCGCGGUUUGUUUCUCGCUGGUCGCUCUUCUAAACGAGGACGAGAUUCCCAUGAAGAACAUGUUUGUGACGUCCACACUAUUUGUCAUCAUGUUCACGGUUUUUAUCCAGGGAAUUAGUAUCAAACCACUGGUGAGAUUUUUCCAAGUUCAGCUGGCAACAGAAAAGUCCAUCAGCAUGUACUGUGAGUUGAAUUCACAAGUGUCUGACCAUGUGAUGGCGGGUAUUGAAGAUAUCAUUGGAUUUCAUGGGAGAUAUCAUUUCAGGGAGUUUUUUCAUCAGUUUGAAAACAAGUACAUACUUCGGUGGUUACAGAAACACCCAGAGAGAAGUGAUUCUAAAAUCAAAGAGUUUUACGACAAACUUGUUCUCAAAGAACAUUACCGGUAUCUGAUGCUGAGCGGUGUCACUUCCCUGCCAUCGGCUUCUAACAUACCUCGUAUUGACACGGAGUCGUAUCUGGCAUCUCUCGACAAGACGAAGCUGAUACUUCCCAACGAUGAGGAAGAAGUCAGCAGUGAUUCCGACAAGGAGGUUGAUUUUGAACCUGUAACAUUGAGAAGAAGAAAGAAGGUUGACCCCAACCUUGAUGCUAAAGGCUUGCGUCAACUUUUGACUUCACAGCUUUCUAGUAGACUGCUUCUUCACAGUGCAUACGACAGAGACCUUGUUUCAGAGUCAAGGAACAGCCUGUUGAACAACAUACAGGCUAAAUUCAAGCGCAGAGAACGCUUACAGCACGCCAUGUCGAUGCACGACGGAACAGCAGAAAGGCCACGGUCAUGGUCAGACACCAACAUGAAGGUCUGCGAGGAGAGAACUGCGACGAAGAAGACUCUGGGCGGGAAGAGUCGCGCGGCAACGGUCGACCUUGGCAACACGUCGAGACAAGGCGUGUACUUGACAUCCCCCGAUCCCGAGGCUCCCAGCCCUGCAGCUCUUCCCCCAUCACAAGACUCCCCCCUGUCUCCACACACCCCUCUUGAUGCUGUUUUCGAGGAAGAGGAGACAGAAGGGUUGCCGCUGAUUGGUGAAUCUGAGAAAAGCCGAAUUUGUGAAGAUUCUGAGAAAACCAGAAUUCAUAGAGAAUCUGAGAUAGGCAGUAAGCAUGGCAAGUUGAAGAAGCAGUAUGCAAUGGAUGAAAUUCCACUGAAAAGUGUGAAAUCUUUGUCAGAUCCGUGAUCUGUAUAGUGAAGUUUUCCAUACAUUGAAUUUAGGGGCUGUUCACUGUUACAAUGUUUUUACAACAGGGACCAUAUUUUCGAAGCCAUCUUAGCAGAGGCGGAUCUAGAGAAGGGCCCCAGGACCCACCUAAAUUUUGUGAUAGUUAUCAUUUUAUUAUACAAUGUAUAUUAAUUUUCAUUUUUUUACUAUCCCCCUCCAAACCUCCCCCAAAGUUCCCUUGA